AUGGAGGACGUGCUGGACCUGGGCGAGGAGCGACGUCGCGGCUCGGCCACCUCCGGAGCCAAGAUGGGUCGCCGAGCUCAACCAGAGUCAUCUCCGACUGAGAGUCAGCCCAGUGGCAAGAAUUCCUCUUUGACUCCGACUGGAGAGGCUCCACCUCCAAAACCACCCCGCCGCCAGGGAGGCUGGGCGGAUGAUUCCAUGAAGACUUCAAAGUUUGGAAGGAAGAUUUCUGAAGAAAUAGAAGAUCACCGACUUAGACAGCACAGCCUGGGUGGAUCAGAUGAUGGAGGAGAUAUCCCUGUUAUUCCAGAUCUGGAAGAAGUACAGGAAGAAGACUUUGCUUUGCAGGUGGCAGCCCCUCCCAGCGUCCAGGUCAACCGGGUGAUGACUUACCGUGACCUCGACAAUGACCUCAUGAAGUACUCAGCCUUUCAGACCUUGGAUGGAGAGAUUGACCUAAAGCUCCUCACCAAAGUCCUCGCUCCAGAGCAUGAGGUUCGAGAGGAUGAUGUCAGCUGGGACUGGGACCAUCUGUACACAGAGGUGUCCUCAGAGCUCCUCAUGGAGUGGGACCAGCUUCAGAUGGAGAAGGAGGACCCUAUGGGGCAGCCCAGACACCCCUGA